CUCGACGCCGACGUCCGGGCGACUAGCGAGCGAAGUCAUCGGUGGACUCCGCUGCACUAUGCUGCACGCUACGGUAAUGACGCCGUCGUCGAGUUGCUUCUCAAGCACGGCGCCCCUAUCAACAAACUCGAUACCGCUGGCAUGACUCCGCUGCAUUGUGCAGCCGCGCAUGGCUGCGCAAGCGCCGUCACGAUCCUCCUCUCGCACGGCGCG